AUUCUGGUCUGUUUGCCGCCAAACGGCACCCAUCUUCUCCAGCCGCUAGACGUAGCGGUAUUCUCGCCUUUCAAGAUAUCUAUCAAGCAGCUACUGGACAAGAUGCUGCCAAGUAUUGGCGAUGGAAGUGUGGACAAGCAAACUGUGUUGGGGGUCGCAGCACUGGCUUGGAACUAUACCUGUUUGGGCAGCAAUCUGGUUGCUGGGUUUAAAAGCUGUGGCAUCUUCCCACUCUCGCGCGUCAGUAUGCAUGCUAAACUAGAGAACUUCGAGCACAACGGCCUGUCGGAGCCGCUCCGAGAAGAAGCGUGGGUCCAAGUCGUCGAUAUCGUGAAGCGAGAGAUUCUUAUCCUACCAGUUCGACCCUCUAAGAAGCAAACCAAGCGCCGUCGGAAGAAUACGGGCGGGCGAAUUCUAACUCGCAAGAUGCUUGAAGAG